CGCCGCACAACUUUGGCGCGCUCAACCGUUCCCACUGAGAACUUGCCCGUCACACAUCCACUCUUUGAAACAUUUAUUUCCGACGACACACUCCCUCUAAAUAUCAUCAUCGAGUGAGUCGUGACUUAGUUUUCCAGUGCACACAAUUUGAACAAUAUCACAGAACUUUUCAUUCGACAGUUGUAAAGUUUUUGCUGCGCGAACUAACUCGGCGAUUUGAAGAUUUUAUCUGCUCAAAAUCAAAACACACAGAGAAUGAUGUGGUGGGCGGUGUGGUGUGCGGUGGUGAUGGUCGGCGCGGGCACGGCGGCGGCGCCUGCGCAGGACUCCCUCUCGCAGCUCGCACCUCUGGACCUGGUUCAAAUUGAUCCGUCUGCUCCUGAUGACGAGAGUGUAAGCUACGCCAUGCCGUCGUCACUGGGCGGCCGAUACGCAGCCGGCGCUGCCCCCUGGCUCUACCUCCUCGCCGAGAUGCCUCAUGAUUCGCAGGUCGCUAAGAGAGGGAUUCCGUCGCGGGCGCGUCGCGGUUUCUCCAUCAACCCAGCAGUGGAUGUGCUGCAGCGAGGAGCUGUCAUCAACCUGAUUGAGAGACUAGCUCAGAACAACCGCAGCUACCUCAACCGCGUCGGGAAACGGAGCCAUCGAGCCACAGAGGUUGGGCGAGCUGAGCGAAGGGCACGCGCGAGCGAAACGCAAGAUGCCGUCUCUGUCUAUCAACAAUCCCAUGGAAGUGCUGCGGCAGAGGCUGCUGCUGGAAGUGGCUCGCAAGCAGAUGCGGGAGGCCAGUCAGCGGCAGGCCGUGGCCAACAGGCUGUUCCUGCAAAAUGUUGGGAAACGAGGAUACUGGGCGAAAUCUGCUUCGUCCCGCUACGAUAACUAGAGAAGCCGGCCACAGACUCCCUGUAAGCUGCCACUACAAGCUGCUGUGUCAACUGACCUCAACCCUUGCCUCUAAAACACCCCUACUCCGACAUAUUUUCGUCGUGUCAGUAUAAUUGAGUAUUAGCAAUAAAAGUUAACAAAACCCAGAUCUGCUCAUCUACUAAAGUUACUCAAAAAGAUUGCCUUCCUACAAUCCUUGAUACAUACCUUGAUUAGUCAUUCUUUGAAGAAUUUCAUAAACAUUUCAAGCUAACAACAAAAUCUGUAAAUCAUUAUUCCAGGCAACUGACCCUAUCGUGUAAGUACUUAUAAUUAAAUAUUAUUUGAUGUGAAUAGUAUACAUAGUUGUAAAUUGUGGUGUAUGUCAGCCAGCUCGACAUCGCCGCUCGUCGCUCGUCGUGGCGCCUCGUAGUAGAGACGCAGCCUCGCCUCUCACUCUCUCUUCACUUUAUUCAUAUUUUUCUACUCUUGUUAUUGUUACGAAGAGCUAUCUUAGAAUUACGUAUUUUCAUUUACAAAGAAAUAUAUUGUGCCAAAUAUGAUCUUAAUGUUAACUUAAGCGUGGAUUAAGUCAAGUAGACGCAUAUUUGAAAAUAUUACAAAUUUUAGAUAUAAAAGUGUACGCUAAAGAAUAGUUGUUUAAUUUCUACUUAAAUUUUAUGUACAGAUUAACAGUUAUUAUAAUUAUUUAUAUUUUAUGUUGUGUUUGGAAUUGAUCUCUACUAGCAUAUUAUUAAAUAGUAGAAAAUGUAAUAGACACAGUAUAAAUUACGUUCAAUAAAAACGUUAAAUUAUUUCCUUGUGUUUCCUUGGACGUCGAAUUAAUAUCGAAUCUUGAUGAUAAUGGAAUAUUUAUCCAUGUUAUGUAGAAAUUGCUUAUAAAUUUAGCCAUAUAUUUACUAUACUUAAUAGCUAAGAAUAUGUGUGAAGUAAUAAAUUGUUUCAGAACUC